AUUCACUGAGUUUGGUCUUGUUGUGUCGUCCAGAUCAACCACUCCUGGAGAGACGAAGCUGUUGGCGUCUGAGAUCUACGAGCUCCUGCAGGCGACCUGCGACGCGGACUCUGAACCAGCCGAGGACGUUGUCAGCAGCCGCCGCAAAGCCCAGUUCUUCCUGGGCUCCAGCAACAAGAGAGCCAAGACGGUCAUCCUCCACAUCGACGGGCUGGAUGACUCGAGUCGGAGGAGUCUGUGUGAGGAGGCCCUGCUGAAGAUCAGAGGAGUGAUCAGCUUCACCUUCCAGAUGGCCGUGAAGAGAUGCAUCGUCCGGAUCCGUUCAGACCUGAAGGCCGAGUCUCUGGCGUCUGCGAUCGCCUCCACUCAGGUGAUGAGCGCUCAGCAGGUGGUGAAAAGAGAAAACGGAGACGAGGUCAGUUUCAGCUCAAGUCUCUUCGGUGUCCACGGGUCACAGGAACAAAAACUCACGAAGAAAAGCUUUAAAAUCAUGAACGAAUAAUGAUCCUGAGCGUCAAGU